UAACGGUUAGCCGCUCUAUCGGAUCCAAAACCACGAUUACCGACCCGAAAAUCUGUCGGAGAGAGCAUAUUGUCCAAUUUGGUGGAUUUUUUGAAAAAAAUUCUGUGACGGGAAAGUGUGAUUCAAAUUGAGGAGGAGAAAUUCGAACCCUAGGAAGGCGAUUUCCUGAUUUUGCGCUUGUCCGGCCACGUUUCGCAAAUUGCAAAAGAUGGGAUCGAUAUCAGGAAAGCCCUUAUCAUUCUGCCUCAAUGCCUCCGGAUUUCGUUUAUAUGCAACCUCGGACGUGCUAUUAUUCCGGCGGUGGUGAGCAUUCCUCCUUUUCCUUUCGUUCCCUUUCUGUUUUCAGCGGAAGGCGGUGGCUCCGUUGAAGCGGCGCUGCCAUCUCUCUAACGGUUCUCAGACGGAAGGCGGCGUCGCGAUGACAUCAUCUGGAGGAGGAGGAGGCCGAGAGGAUGGUGUGAAUUCGCUAUCGCAAGCCGUUUCAUCUUCAAUUCAGCCACACGAUGAUGAGCGCGACAUCGAGGCUGGCAAUGCCUGUGUUGCCGGCGACGAAGACUCUUUCUCAGAUCCUUUCGAUAUUGGGAGUACCAAAAAGGCGUCCUUCGAGGCUCUCAAACGAUGGAGGCAAGCUGCACUUGUUCUCAACGCUUCACGCCGAUUUCGCUAUACCUUGGACUUGAAAAAGGUAGAACAUAAAGAUCAGAGAAGAAGAAUGAUUAGAGCGCAUGCCCAAGUCAUAAGGGCUGCAAUGCUUUUCAAAUUGGCUGGUCAAAGGGCAAUUGUAUUGGGAACCUCAGCAACUCCUCCAGCUCCAAGUGGCGAUUAUGGAAUUGGGGUUGAGCAGUUAGUUUCAAUUACAAGGGAUCAUAAUCUUUCUGUCCUGCAACAAAGUGGAGGGGUCAAAGGCUUAGCAGAAAAGUUAAAAACAAAUCUCGACACUGGUAUCAUUGGGGAUGAAGAUGAAAUAUCAAAGCGGAGCAGUAUAUUUGGAUCAAACACAUAUCCUACCAAAAAAGGCCGCAGUUUUUGGAGGUUCCUCUGGGAGGCUUGGCAAGAUUUAACCCUCAUCAUCUUAAUAAUAGCUGCGGUUGCUUCAUUGGGGCUUGGAAUAAAAACAGAAGGUCUUUCAACAGGAUGGUACGAUGGUGGUAGCAUUUUUUUUGCUGUUUUUCUUGUUAUUUUUGUAACAGCAACAAGUGACUACCGUCAAUCUCUCCAGUUCCAAACCUUAAAUGAGGAAAAGAAAAAUAUCCAAGUCGAGGUUAUUAGAGGUGGCAGGCGUGAAAAGAUGUCAAUAUAUGGAUUAGUUGUUGGGGAUAUUGUACCUCUUAAGAUAGGUGAUCAGGUUCCUGCUGAUGGAAUCCUAGUAAGUGGUCAUUCCUUGUCCAUUGACGAAUCCAGCAUGACCGGAGAAAGCAAGCUUAUGCAAAAACAUUCAAAGUCACCUUUCUUGAUGGCUGGCUGCAAGGUAACUGGUGUUGGAAUAAAUACUGAAUGGGGGUUAUUAAUGGCAAGUAUAUCAGAGGAUACUGGUGAAGAGACCCCGUUGCAGGUGAGGUUGAACGGGGUUGCAACUUUUAUAGGCAUUGUGGGCCUUGCUGUGGCACUCACUGUACUAGUUGUUCUUUUGGUUAGAUUUUUCACCGGGACUACCAAAAAUCCUGACGGAACUUCCCAGUUUGUCAGUGGAAAGACUAGCAUUAGUGAAAUCGUUAAUGGUGUCAUACACAUCAUAACUGCUGCAGUUACCAUUGUUGUUGUUGCAGUCCCGGAAGGUCUCCCAUUGGCUGUUACUCUGACCUUAGCAUAUUCAAUGAAGAAAAUGAUGGCUGACAAGGCCUUGGUGCGUAGACUCUCUGCUUGUGAAACUAUGGGCUCUGCGACGACUAUAUGCAGUGAUAAGACAGGCACACUGACUCUGAAUCAGAUGGCUGUAGUUGAUGCCUUUGUGGGGAAAAAGAAGAUGGAUCCACCUGAAGAUGGAUCCCAGUUACACUCAGUUGUUUCAUCUUUAAUACAUGAGGGUAUAGCACUGAAUACAGCAGGCAGUGUUUUUUCAUCUAAGGAUGUCGGUGGAACAGAGGUUUCCGGAUCUCCUACAGAGAAGGCAAUUCUGACUUGGGGUGUUAAGUUAGGGAUGAAGUUUGAUGUUGUUAGUUCAGAAUGUGUAGUACUUCAUGUUUCUCCUUUCAACUCUACAAAAAAGCGAGGGGGUGCUGCAGUUAGAGGACUGAGUAACUCUCAAGUCCAUGCACAUUGGAAGGGAGCAGCAGAAAUCAUUUUAGAGUCAUGCACUUGGUACUACGAUUCAAAUGGUUGCUUGCAGUCCAUUGAGAAUGAGAAGGGUUUUUUCAAGGAGGCUAUUGAAGAUAUGGCAUCAAGAAGUUUGAGGUGUGUUGCAAUUGCCUAUAGAACUUGUGACGCAGAAAAGGUUCCAACAGAUGAAGAACAACUCUCACAAUGGGAUUUGCCUGAACAAGAUCUUGUUUUGCUUGCAAUUGUUGGCAUAAAGGAUCCUUGUCGCCCUGGAGUCAGAGAUGCAGUUAGACUCUGCACAGAUGCUGGUGUUAAGGUGCGCAUGGUUACCGGAGAUAAUAUUCAAACAGCUAAAGCAAUAGCUUUGGAGUGUGGGAUUUUAUCUCCUGAUGCAGAUAUUACUGGGGAUGAUGUAAUUGAAGGGAAGACAUUCCGUGAGUUGCCUGAAAAGGAGCGAGAAAAAGUUGCAAAGAGGAUUUCGGUCAUGGGAAGGUCAUCCCCUAGUGACAAGCUUUUACUUGUGCAAACACUGCGUAAACAAGGAGAAGUUGUUGCUGUUACUGGAGAUGGAACCAAUGAUGCUCCAGCACUACACGAGGCUGAUAUAGGUCUUGCUAUGGGCAUCCAAGGGACUGAAGUUGCAAAAGAAAGUUCAGACAUCAUCAUUCUUGACGAUAAUUUUGCUUCAGUAGUCAAGGUUGUACGUUGGGGUCGUUCUGUUUAUGCAAAUAUUCAGAAAUUCAUCCAGUUCCAGCUCACAGUCAAUGUUGCAGCUCUUGUUAUUAAUGUUAUAGCCGCAAUUUCAUCUGGAGACGUUCCUUUAAAUACAGUGCAGCUUCUUUGGGUGAAUCUUAUAAUGGAUACUCUGGGAGCAUUGGCACUGGCUACUGAACCUCCAACUGACCAUCUGAUGCAUAGACAUCCUGUUGGUCGAAGGGAGCCGUUGGUAACCAAUAUUAUGUGGAGGAACUUGAUUAUUCAGGCUUUCUACCAAAUUGGUGUCCUCCUGGUUAUAAACUUUUGUGGCAAGAGUCUUCUCAACUUGGAGCAGGAUGGAGCCGAACAUGCUAACAUGGUGAAGAAUACCUUAGUCUUCAAUACCUUCGUUCUCUGCCAAAUAUUCAAUGAGUUUAAUGCUAGAAAGCCCGAUCAAAUGGAUGUCUUUGAAGGCGUGACGAAAAACCCUCUCUUCGUUGGGAUUGUGGGAUCUACUUUUAUACUCCAGAUUGUGAUGAUUGAGUUCCUUGGAAAGUUCACUUCAACUGUCAGACUCAAUUUCAAACUUUGGUUGAUUUCCCUCGUCAUUGGGGUUUUGAGCUGGCCGCUUGCGAUGCUAGGCAAAAUGAUUCCAGUUCCCAAGACCCCAUUGGCAAAGGUGUUCAUCAAAUCCUAUCGCCGAUGCAUUGCAGCUCGUGAUACUCCUCAAUAGUUGGUGUAAUCGGUAAAGUUUGUUGCUUAUGUAUAUGGCCGUGACACUAGCUUAACUAUAUAGUUGGACUCCAAUACUAAAAAAAAGGACUGAAAAGACUAAAGAAAAUACACACUUUAUAUAGUGCGCCAACAUCUUCAAUAGGCAUUGCACAUCUAUACAUGUUUUCUGUUCUUUUUUCUUAAUGUAAAAAAACAUAAGCAUCAUAAGUGUAAAUGGAACGUUCUUUAUAACAAGAACAUGAUGGUAAAUCAUACGGAGUAUAAAAUAUGAGUAUCUUUUAGAUAGAAUAUUAAUUUCCAUCAUCUCCGAUGGAGCCAAAAUUUCACCAUUUUUUGGCUUUGGGGUGUGAUGGAAUAAAUCAAAAUGGAUCUCUAAACUGUCUGCGCUUCUUUAAUUAAUGAAGUAGCAGUUAGUCAAGCAAUGCAACUUUCGACGUUGAGCCGGGGGUCUCUUUGGAAACAGCCUCUCUACUUUCGAGUAGGGACUUUUGUGAGAUUUAACUGGGUU